AUGGGUGCUAGCAAGACUGCUGGACCUGUAGCUACGGGAGCUGUAGGUAUUUUUGUAUACCACAUCAGAGAUCAAAAGCAAUCUUUAGUCUUUCUGUGGAGUGUCUCGUUUGAUUACAACCUUUACGAUAAUUGGUGGGACUUAAAAAUUUAUGAUGGUUUUAUUGAGGCUGAUUAUGAUUUAUACAAGGAAAUGUACUACGGCUCACCACAUAAAGGAGACAGUCUGACUUACAAAGGAAACUUGAAUUUUGGUUGGCGUUAUCAGGGAUCGAUGGGACACUCUGGAACACCUUCUACAAGGAUUGAAAUAUUAUAG